AUGAUAUAUCUUAGAUUUCUCAGUUUAAAUGCAAUUAUUUUACUACUUUUAGUUUGUAAGACUAAUUCUAGGCUGAACAUAAAAUAUGCUAUUUUAGGGCGAGCACCGAGUCAAGCUGCACGAAAUGAAACUAUAUCUCUGCGACCAAGAACCAAAUAUGAGGUGCAAAAAACAAUGCGACUUAUGUUUUAUAAAAACAACACAAAAACCUUUGAAGCAUCCGCUUUUGACGAAGACUAUAUGCAUAAAGGUUCUUCUGGCUGCUCCCCAUCGGAUAAAUUUGCUAUUGUUUUACAUGGCUGGAUCCAAAGCUGUGCUGAUGAUUGGUCUCUGGCGCUUAUCGAUCGAUUAAGCUAUUAUCGUGGAGGCUGCGUGAUAUGUAUUGAUUACAGUAUAAUUGCGAGUACAUCGUAUAUGCGGUUGUAUACAAAUUUCGAGAACAUUACUGGUGCCAUAGUGUCAGUCAUUCUGACUCUCAUUAAAAAUGGAUUCGAUACUAAACGAGGCUAUAUGUUUGGAUUUAGCUUUGGGGGACAACUUGCGUCUGCUGUAGGCCGCUCCUUAGGACCACAACAUAUGAUCCAAAGCAUAGAUACGUGUGACAUGGCUGGGCCCGGAUUUGAUCCGAUUGCAGUAGAUCACUCGAAAGCUGGCAAACAUGUGCAAUGCUUUCAUUCAAGCCGUGAUAAAGGAACGUUUGUAUACUCUUGCCACAGAAAUAUAAUGCUGGGCAGCUGUGGACUCGCCCAGCCAUCAGUAGCCAGUCAACUUCAUCUUGGCAGCCACGGGCUCUGCGUUGACAUCUAUAUUAAUGCUUUUGAUUACCCAUUUUACGCCCUUAACUCGACGCCAUCAGAGUGCAUAGCCCUGCAAAAGGUAGCGAAAAUACCAGCGGACUAUACGGUCGGGUAUGAAGAGAACUUUGACAACCGAGUUACUGGGAAAAUUUUCGUCCCCACUAGUCUACAUUAUCCUUACAAUUUAUCAAAAAAGGAGCUCAAGCUGUUAGCUGGAAAAAAGUAGCUUAGCACAUCAUACUUCUGCUCGUUCCAAUUUCUGUAAGCGUUAG